UCAUCGUAGGUGGUCAUAGAUGGUUACAUGUGUAAUUUGUAUUUUUAGAUGGUUGGUUAGGAGAGUUCUAGCUGACGAAUUUGUUUGAAGAAAACUUUCGCAAUUUUAUAAAUAACGAAAACCCAAUUUAAAAAGAAAAUGGCUUUUAAUUUUUUAUUACGUGGUGUGUCAAUGAAACUGAAGGUUUGCCCAUUGCAGUCACUAACGAAAGGACAUCUGCUGAAAUGCAGUUCUGUGGCAAGCAACAAUCAGUUCCACCAUACAUUUGCCUUUCAGUUACCUCUGUACCCCCAGAAAAGGACACCCGAGCAGAAUAUUCUCUGUGUUACACCACCUCAGCCUCAUAUAAUGAUGCAGAAUGCAAAACAGUUGUCACUAAGUGCCAAACAGAUGGCACAACAUGAUCAUACAAAACUUUGGACUGCAGAAAAAGCUGUUAGUGCUAGUCUCCUUGGGAUUGUACCUGCAGCAUUUCUUGUCCCUUCUCAAUUUAUGGACUAUCUGUUGGCAAUAACAAUUGUAAUGCAUAAUCAUUGGGGCAUUGAGGCGGUAGUCUUAGACUAUGUGCGCCCAUCAAUAUUUGGGAAUGUGAUUCCCAAAAUUGCACUUGGUACAGUGUAUGCUUUGUCAAUUGCCACACUGGCUGGGCUGUUCUUCUUCAUUACCAAUGAUGUGGGCAUAGUUCACGCCAUCAAGCAAUUCUGGAAGCUGUAAUAGAAGUUAUUAGUUUUGGAAAAAAUAGAUGUCUGCUUGCUUGUGCUGGAAACAUUUUGCAUCUUGCAUUUGUUUAUGAAAAACUUUUGUGAAUUCAUGAAUUUAUGCUAGUUACUGAAAAAGUGUUGUAAAAUAAAGUAUACAUAAAUAUUAAUUAAUACUAUAUUAUCAGUAUUGAAUGUGGAAACAAUAAAUAAAUUAAAAACUUU